AUGCCUGGUAAUAUAGAAGGCUCUGUAGGAAGUGGAGUACCACGUCCAGAGCUUCCACGCUAUUCCUGGCGGGUGGAAAGCCCUACUUCCAGACUUCAAUACAUCAGAGAUCACCGAGACGCAGACAUCGCGUUAUCUCAGUUGACCCCAGGACCUCUUGGUUUUGACCUAGAGUGGCGCCCAAACUACAGGAAGGGUGCGAUGGAGAACCGCGUAGCGCUUGUUCAGCUUGCUGGCCAUGACAGCAUCUUACUCCUACAAGUAAGCGCUAUGUCAGAAUUUCCGUCGAAAUUGAGGGAACUGCUCGACGAUCCAUCGCGACCCAAGGCUGGUGUUAGCAUUCAACGCGAUUGCCAAAAGUUGUUUCGGGACCAUGGCGUUUCAACACGCAACUGUGUAGAGCUAGCCCUUCUUGCACGUUCGGUCGAUAACGCGCGAUGGAAGGGCAAGUACACCAAUCCGCUUGGAUUAUCUCGCCUUCUUGAGAACUACGAGAAUUUUUCUUUGGCGAAGGGAAAGGUGCAACGCAGCAAUUGGGAGGUUCGCCUUUCUCCUGUGCAGCAAGACUAUGCAGCCAAUGAUGCACGUGCUGGAUAUACUGUCUAUACGCGGUUGAUCGCUUUGGCACGAGAUAUGCCAAAUACAGUUUCCCCAGAUUACUAUUCCUUCAGCGUCGUAAAUGGCUCCUUGCUAGAUCACCUUGGGGUUUCUGAGUGGUUUGCUCAGAACCCUCAUUACGAUCCCGGUCCACCACCUCCGCCUAAGGAACCGAAAGAGAGAAAGAAAAUACCCGAAGAACCAACGACGAGUGCCGCUAGCCAUACUCCCGCUUCAUCGGGAUCCCAUUUCACAGUACAAGACAGAGUCAGGAUCGAGACUGUUCCACGUGACGGACGGGGUCCCCCGCUUGUCCCUCCUGCUUCUGCGAACUCACUAGCUGGAAAAUCCUACCGAAACAGAAGCUAUCGUAAUCGCCGUGCUUCCACCAAACAGCCUCAGAAUCAUAGUCAUGACCCUGCACAACAAUCUGCUACUAUUGCGCACACAGCAGCAAGGACACCAGGCAGGAGCACAACAUGA